GGUAUUAAAUUAAUUUCCAGGAAUCCGUACUUUCUUGUUUGCUGGGUGGAGACCCUUCCGCGUCGCCAGAGAGAGACUGCCUUCGCUUUGGCUUUGACCAUGGGCUCGACAUGUAAACGGCAGCUAUGCUAGCAAAGCAAAAUGCCGCCUUUCUUCAUAGAAACCUCUCCAAGCUUCAUCUUUCACUCUCGCGUUUGUCCAUCCGUGUGGUUCCUGAACCUGAUACCGAGUCUGCAGCAGCAAGAGACAAAAGAGACAGCCGUCUCGCUGUUUACUGCAACACCCAGAUCACAAAGCAUGGAAAGGAUGGCGACAUUGGGGCCGCAGAAUCCGUCUUCAGCCGCAUGCCCUUCAAGACCACCGUUUCUUGGACCGCCAUGCUGACGGCUUAUGCCGAGAACGGCCAGAUUGAGAAAGCUCUGCAGGUUUUCGACGAAAUGCCCGAGAGGACCACCGCUUCUUAUAAUGCGAUGAUCACUGCGUAUAUACGCAACUGUGUCGACGUAAAUAAGGCUUUUCAGCUGUUUUAUAAGAUCCCUGAUCCUAAUGCUGUCUCUUAUGCUGCCAUGGUCACUGGUCUUGUUCAGGCGGGGAUGGUGGACAUGGCGAAGAAGCUGCAUUCUGAAACACCUUUUAUGUGGCGGGACCCUGUGUGUUCGAAUGCAUUGUUAAAUGGUUACUUGAAGAUGGGUGCGCUAGAUGAGGCGGUUCGGGUUUUUGAGAGUAUGGAACAGAGAAAUGUGGUUUCUUUUAGCUCCAUGAUUGAUGGUUACUGCAAGAAAGGGGCUGUACUCAAAGCUCGAGAAUUAUUUGACAAGAUGCCGGAGCAGAAUGUUAUCACUUGGACUGCAAUGAUCAAUGGAUACCUGCAGAUGGGACUUUUCGAAGAUGGGUUCAUGUUGUUCUUGGAUAUGAGGAGGGAAGGAGUAGUGGGAGUCAAUUCUACUACCUUGACAGUUAUUGUAGAAGCCUGCACAGACUCAGAAAGAUUUCACGAAGGAGAACAAAUGCAUGGCCUAGUUUUCCUGCUGGGGUUUCAGUCUGAUGUAUUUCUGGGUAAUUCCACGAUCAACAUGUACUGCAGGUUCAGCUCCGUAGAGGCUGCUAACAAAAUCUUCCAGGCAUUGAGCAGGAAAGAUGUAGUGACUUGGAAUUCUUUGAUUGCUGGUUAUGCUCAAAGUGGUGAUGUCGAGGAGGCUUACAGGCUUUUCCAGAGAAUGCCCACGAAGGAUGUAGUCUCUUGGACAACUAUGAUAACGGGGUUUUCUGCCAGUGGAAUGACUGAAAAGUCCAUCAAGCUGUUUGAAAUGAUGCCGAUCAAAGAUGGCAUUGCAUGGACUGCCAUCAUAUCAAGUUUGGUGAAUAAUGAGGAAUACGAGGAGGCUUUCCGAUGUUUCAUUAAGAUGCUCCGCACUGCUGUCAGACCAAAUCCUCUCACUCUGAGCUCUGUUCUCAGAGGUUCAUCUGGAUUAGCAGCGUUAAACCAAGGAUUGCAAGUUCAUGCAUUUGCAGUGAAAAUGGAACUGGAGUAUGAUACCUCGAUACGAAAUUCACUCAUAUCGAUGUAUUCAAAAUGCGGGAAUAUGAUGGAUGCCUACAAAAUUUUCAUAGGAAUAAGUGCACCGAAUGUCGUCUCUUACAAUUCAAUAAUCACCGGUCUAGCGCAGAAUGGAUUUGGCGAAAAAGCGCUUAGAUUGUUUAAGAAAAUGGAGAAUGAAGGGCAGUGCCCUAAUCAAGUAACUUUUCUUGCCGUUCUCUCAGCCUGCUGUCAUGCAGGACUAGUGAAAGAAGGAUGGGACCACUUCAAAUCCAUGAAAUCCCGCUACGGGAUGGAACCCAAGGGCGACCACUAUGCUUGUCUGGUCGAUCUGCUAGGACGGGCUGGGUUGCUAGAAGAAGCUGUUUGCUUGAUCCGUUCCAUGCCGUCUGAGCCACAUGGUGGUGUUUGGGGAGCUCUUCUUAGUGCUAGCAAAACCCAUUCACGCUUAGAUCUAGCAGAGCUUGCAGCUGGAAACCUGAUGAAACUGCAACCGGACGAUGCAACCCCUUAUGUUGUCCUGUCGAGCCUAUACGAUGCAUCGGAAAAGAAAUAUGAAGGGAACCGUGUCAGAAUGGCCCAAAAAUCUAAGGGACUAAGGAAGAGUCCAGGAUGCAGUUGGAUAAUCGUGAAAGAGAAUGUCCAUAGGUUCCUUGCUGGAGACAAAUCACAUCCGGACAUUGAAGAGAUUGAAUUUACUUUGUGCGCUAUUGGGAAAGAUAUGCAAGUGCGACCAGUAGAAUUCCAAGAUUGAUGUUGCUCACGUGUCCCGAUAUUCGGAGUACCUCCUAAUUGGGCCAAUCUCAAAGCUAUCGGAUGUUGGGGAUCUUUCAUUUUGUGUCUCACGGGGAUAAGGCGACGGAAAGUGGUACUAAAUUCCCGCGGAAUAUGCAAUGUGCUGCAAAAUAUUCCAUUAGGUCUGGUCUGGGGCUCUGUUAUCAUUGUGCAAGGCUACAAAAAGAACUAAUGACAGAGGCAGCUCUCUCUUUUGUUUUGUGGCGCCCAAAAUACAUUACGCGGCUAUGAUCCCAACCCAACCCAACCCAACCCCUCUUCCGGCCGAUUUAUCGAAGACACGAGAC